CGUCAAGAACCGUCCACCUUCCCAUUAUAUGAACCCCUCCUUGCCUCUCGCUCCUCCACCGCUCCCUCCCAGAUCUCUACCCUCUCCUCCCACCGCCAUUGCCGACCUCCUCUCUUAGAUCACUAGAUCUCCUCCGCCGUCCGAACUACUUCAAGAUGAGGGAAAUCCUCCACAUCCAGGGCGGCCAGUGCGGCAACCAGAUCGGGGCCAAGUUCUGGGAGGUGGUGUGCGCGGAGCACGGGAUCGACGCCACCGGCAGCUACCACGGCGACUCGGAUCUCCAGCUCGAGCGAGUCAAUGUCUACUACAACGAGGCGAGUUGCGGCCGCUUCGUGCCCCGGGCCGUCCUCAUGGACCUGGAGCCCGGGACCAUGGACAGCCUCCGAUCUGGUCCCUACGGCCAGAUCUUCCGGCCGGACAACUUCGUCUUCGGCCAGUCCGGGGCCGGGAACAACUGGGCCAAGGGCCACUACACCGAGGGCGCCGAGCUCAUCGAUGCCGUUCUCGAUGUGGUCCGGAAGGAGGCCGAGAACUGCGAUUGCUUGCAAGGGUUUCAGGUGUGCCAUUCAUUGGGAGGUGGAACUGGGUCGGGCAUGGGCACAUUGCUCAUAUCUAAGAUAAGAGAAGAGUACCCAGAUCGCAUGAUGCUCACAUUCUCUGUCUUCCCGUCUCCAAAGGUGUCGGACACGGUUGUCGAACCUUAUAAUGCCACACUGUCAGUCCACCAGUUGGUUGAAAAUGCUGAUGAGUGCAUGGUCCUGGAUAACGAAGCUCUCUAUGACAUCUGCUUUCGCACACUUAAGCUUACCACCCCAAGUUUUGGCGAUCUCAACCACCUUAUCUCGGCCACCAUGAGCGGUGUCACUUGCUGCCUCCGCUUCCCCGGGCAGCUCAACUCUGACCUCAGGAAGCUUGCAGUGAACCUUAUUCCCUUCCCUCGUCUCCACUUCUUCAUGGUGGGGUUCGCCCCUCUCACGUCUCGUGGGUCCCAGCAGUAUCGGGCUCUCACUGUUCCCGAGCUUACCCAGCAGAUGUGGGAUUCCAAGAACAUGAUGUGUGCUGCGGAUCCUCGCCAUGGACGCUACCUCACUGCAUCUGCAAUGUUCCGUGGUAAGAUGAGCACCAAGGAGGUGGAUGAGCAGAUGCUCAAUGUUCAGAACAAGAAUUCUUCCUAUUUUGUGGAGUGGAUUCCAAACAAUGUCAAGUCGACGGUGUGCGACAUCCCCCCAACUGGGCUGAAGAUGGCAUCCACAUUCAUUGGAAACUCAACCUCAAUCCAAGAGAUGUUCCGCCGUGUCAGCGAGCAGUUCACUGCCAUGUUCCGGAGGAAGGCUUUCUUGCAUUGGUACACUGGAGAAGGGAUGGAUGAGAUGGAAUUCACUGAGGCAGAGAGCAACAUGAACGAUUUGGUUUCGGAGUACCAGCAGUACCAGGAUGCAACGGCUGAUGAGGAGGGUGACUAUGAGGAUGAAGAGGAGGAAGGUGCUUAUGAGGAGGCUUAAUCUCCCUCUUGUAUGAACCAGGGUGUUUGGUUGGAUGCCUUUUCAUUGAAUGUUCUCUUCAUAUACUUGGUUUUUAUUGGCUUUAAACUGCUGUGGAUGUUUAGUUUAGGAAUUACUGUCGUUCGUCCCUGCAAUUUCCAGUUGCUUCUGUUUAUGGGUUUGCUGAAUUUGCUAGUUGAAAACGUAGCGCAGUUUUCUGGAAUGUAAACAUCUGAUUUUAUUGGAUAGUUUGGACCUUGAUGUGCUAAUGUGAUGAUGCCAUGUUGCCUUGUGUUUGAAAA